AUGUCCUCCCUUCGAAACGCCAUUCCCAGCCGUGCUCACAAAGAGCGUGCUCAACCGUCGUCGAGGAAAAAAUUCGGUCUGCUCGAAAAACACAAGGACUAUGUCCAGCGUGCUAAAGCAUUCCACAAGAAAGAGGAAACCUUACGGAAACUUAGAGAAAAAGCAGCAAAUAGAAACGAAGAUGAGUUUUACUUCAAGAUGGUUAGAACAAAAACCGUUGGUGGAGUUCACAGACCAGAGAGUGAAGCGAAUAAGUACUCUCAGGAGGAGCUUAUGCUGAUGAAGACGCAGGAUAUGGGUUACAUUCUUCAGAAGGUUCAGAGUGAGAGAAAGAAAAUUGAAAGGCUUACUGCAUCGCUGCACUCUAUUGAUAAUCAACCAGCAAACAAGCAUGUUUUAUUUGCUGAGGAUAGGGAAGAGGCUAAAGAGUUACAAUCACGAUAUUCAAAAAGUGAAAUUCCACUUACUACUAUUAAUAUUCCUGUUGGCAUUAAGAGGAAAACAGCUCGGUCUUAUCGAGAGUUGGAAGCAAGGAAGAAUAGACUCAGCCAACUAGAGAAAAUCUACAUGGAUAUGGCAAUGAAGAAGGAGUUGCAGAAAAAGGGUAGGAAACGCAAACUGACUGAAGAUGAGAUUGUCUGUCCAACUACUAAACCAGUAUACAAGUGGCGUGCUGAAAGAAAGCGAUGA